CCUUCAUCCAUCCAUGGCAACAAAGAGGGGUCCGCCUUUGCUCUGCACCGCCCUCGACUUUUACUGCCCCGACUGCCCUGGGGGUGACGCGAGGUGCGGACGGCGGUAAACGCGCUAACAGACACUGUUCCCCAUCCAGGCGCACCCUUAUUAAUAUACCAGUGCAGUGCAGGCCAGGCGACGGCGCGUGUCCAGCAGCGCAAUCCAUCCACGACGCCCGCCUUCGCAGCAGGCGGUUGGUUGGCAGAUCCGCGCCUUGCCUGCCUCUUUGCCAUCCACGUCCACCCAUCCAACCUGCUGGACCCGCCUCCCGCUUUCGUUGCUGGUGCCUCGUGUGGGCGGACGAACACAGAGCACCAUCCAUCCUUCGCCAGCCGCUCCCGGGGUCCUUUGUCCCUCUCCACAUACUUCCAUGCCCGACAAACACUGUUUGACGCCCACGAACCACCAUCGCAUACGGUACCGCUUUAUUUGCUCAUUGCUAGCCAAACAUCCCUCGUCCAACAUCCUCGCUCUGUCGCCCUGCUCCAAACACACUCGGCGCCAGAUGACGGCCUCGCCAGAUCCGCCCACCAUCUGAGCCCCGCGCUGUCGUGUCUGUCGACUUGCGAGCCUGGUUCAACAUCGUCGCCACCACUGUCGCCGUCGCACACAUCGUCGCCCGCCGUCGCCGUUAGGCCCUCGUCGCAAUGGGUAAUGUCAGCUCAAGGCCCGACGAGGCCGCGGCUUUAUACCUCAGAGACCAGGAUAGAUUGUCAAUAUCCUCACUCGUGAUUACGAAUCCGCGGAAGCGCAGCUCCGUGAACAUUGUUCCCAAUGCAUUUCCAGCCAGCAGAAUCUCCGCGUCGCGGCCGGCCGGCGACGCAUCGCCCAUCGAAUACGUUCAGGACCCUGAUCCCCCAACUGGCGCCAACGGCGCGCCAGCUUUCCUCCUCAAACUCAGCAAUGACGACGAGCUGAUAUUCACCUUCACCUUCGUGAUGCGCCAGUCGCAGCAGCAGGCCUCUGGCCAGCCAGCCACUUCGACCGAAGACCAGCCCUCGUCUUCAGACAACAAGAUCUCUGGCCUCACGUACGUGUGUGCGUCCACUCCACGGGAAGUCGAGAACCUCGUCACCCGGGAGUUUCACGCCGACCCCAACCUGCACAAGAAUGCCAAUGUCGAUCUGGUUGGAGACUACAGCACUAGCGGUAGCGCCUCGGUCUCCUUUGAAUGGACCUGGAAGUGGAAACCGCCCAGGGCAUUGGAAGAAAGGGGCGGUGGUUGGCGAAACUCUUGCAGCUUUGUCGAGUACGAUUCGCGAGGACACCGCCUCCUCACCCUGGCCAGUUUCUCGUACUGGGUAGCGAGCUCUGGGUUUCCUCUCAGUCAUCCCAGCUCUCCAUCUCCGCCGUUUCUAUUGGCCUCGCCCCCGAAGAUUCGCGUUGCGUCAGCGCAGUCGGUGGACUCGAGGCUCACCGGGCCCGUCGAUAUCGAAGAACCAGUCUCGCCAUUGCUCCCGCCAAAUGAUGCGAGCUCUUCGACACCAAACUCGCAAGCCAAGGAGCCGGUCAAGGUCGACUUGGCUUGUCCACGACCCGGCGACGAUGUAACAGUAACGGAUGAUGGGCCAGUAUUCCGUGCGACAUUGAAGGCCCUGGAGCAGAAGACGGGUAACCUGCGAACGCAGAUGAAGAAGGUUCUGAAACGAGCAGAGCAGGCGCACAUGUCGCAAACAGAGUCCAACGAUGCCUUUGUCGCCUUCAUGGAAGCGCUGCGAGAGGCAUCUUCAACGAAUGCAAACGCCAUCCAGCCCGCGCUGGAGCAUUACUUCGACAAAAUCGCACGCGAAGUUGUCUCUUAUGAACGUCAGAACACUGCCAAUCUACAAAAGAUUAUCAUCGAGCCCUUAAACAAGCUGUAUCAACUCGACAUCAAGCAGGCCGAAUCCAAGAAGCGCGAUUUUGAGGAAGAAAGCAAAGACUACUAUGCAUACGUGUCUCGGUAUCUGGGCCAGCGCCAGGACUCGGUUAAGGCUAAGAAACUUGCCGAAAGCGAUUCCAAAUACCAAAACAAGCGACGAAACUUCGAGUUGAAGCGCUUCGACUACUCCAGCUUCAUGCAAGAUCUUCACGGUGGCAGGAAAGAGCAGGAGGUCUUGUCGCAUCUCACCAAAUACGCUGAUGCGCAAACCAAGGGCUUCCUUGCCACUGCGAAGAAGAUUGAAAAUUUCCUUCCACAACUCGAUGCAUUGUCGACUGAGGUCCAAGAGACUGACAAGGAGUAUCAAUACCGGCGACGGGAACGCGAGGAGAAGAGACGCGUGUUGGAAAAGAGCAACACCCCGUAUCUGGAGCCCGAGCAAGCAAGUCUUACGAGCUCGGCGCCCAUCUCGUCCCACUCGAACGGGAAUGCGGGCAACACAUCAGACUCGGAGCUGGGCCGGGCAGACAGCACUGGGUCACAAAUCAAGAACGCCAUCGCCGUCGGCAACCAGACAAGUGUCGGACAUGGCGUGGAGCUCUCUAGGUCGCCCGGUAGCUUAGGCCACUCCGCAUUGGCGAGCCCGGCGCAAGGGGGAAAAUUCAAGGGGUUCCGCGACCUUGAAGAACGCGAUCCGACGCAGGUUGCAGUUAGUCAACGAAAGGAAGGCUUACUCUGGGCACUGAACAGGCCCGGUGGCCACGUGGACCCCAGGAACCUGAACAAGCAGGGGUGGCACAAGUUCUGGAUUGUCCUGGACCAAGGUAAACUUUCGGAAUACAGCAACUGGAAACAGAAGCUCGAUCUUCAUAUGGAUCCUAUCGAUUUGCGCAUGGCGUCCGUAAGGGAGGCGCGAAACGCCGAACGUCGUUUCUGUUUCGAAGUCAUCACGCCGAAUUACAAGCGCGUGUAUCAAGCCACAUCAGAAGAAGACAUGAACAGCUGGAUUGUGUCCAUCAACAAUGCGCUUCAGAGCGCUAUGGAGGGUCGAGCUCUCAAUGAUAAGGGCACCCCGGGCAGGAGCCAUACGGACAAUUCGAUUAAGCGGGACAUUGGCUCUGUCCUGACGGGCAAGACCCAAUCGCUCGGCCACGGCGCACAUCCCCCACACCACCACACGAGCGCCAGCAGUGGCGUGCCUUUCCGGAGAAUCACUGUCGGUGCACGGCCUAGCGUGGUGCGAACGACCAGCUCCGGGUACGACGAGAAUCCAGAUAAACUGUUGCAAAUGGUUCGAGACGCCGAUCAAGGCAACAAUUGGUGUGCCGACUGCGGGUCAGGGUCCAAGGUGGAGUGGGUUUCCAUUAACUUGGGCAUCAUACUAUGCAUUGAAUGCAGUGGCAUCCAUCGGUCUCUGGGCACACAUAUCAGCAAAGUGCGGUCGCUCACGCUCGACAUCAAAUCCUUCACAAUCGAUAUUGUCGAGGUUCUCCUCCUCAUCGGCAAUAGGGUGUCGAACAUGGUUUGGGAGGCGAAAUUGGACCCGGCGGGGAAACCCAAUUCACAAGCAACUCGCGAGCAGCGGCUCCGUUUUAUCACGGCGAAGUAUGUUGACCGAGCCUAUGUCGAGCCCAUCUCACCUACUCUGUCGAGAUACGCCACACCUGACGAGACGCUGCUGGCCGCAAUUAAGAAGAACGAGAUCCAGCAAGUUUUGUACGCCCUGGCACUCAAGGCAAAUCCGAAUGUGGUCGACAAGAUGCGAGGAACGCACGCUGUUUGGCUCGCUCUGGCUGCCGCCGACCCUGCUUCACCUUCGCCGACACCGAGCACGAGCUCGUCUGAGCAGGAAGGCAAGGCUGUGCCCUUCCCAGUGGCAGAGCUCCUGACUCAAAAUGGGGCGCAGAUACCGUCAUCAUUGCCGGCAUUCCCUCUGGGUCGGUUUGCUCAGCAAUACUAUGAGCAAAAAAUCGGAAAGCCGAGUGCCUCCAUGGGCGAUGGCCUCUCGUCACUACCAUCCAACUAUGGAGUCAGCGAUAGGCUCCAGCGCGAGAAGGAGGCUCGUUUACAGAAGCGUGUGAGCGCUGGAGGAAGGCUGGCGAAAUCACCGAUCCCCGAGAAAUAGGAGCCUAGAUUCUGGGAUCGACUGGCGGGGUUGGCCCUCUGCUACCACUUAUACGAAAUCCCUCGGCUGCGGAGUUGGGGAGCGGCAGGCGGCAAUGAGACAUGCUACUACUUAUGAUGAUGAUGGCUAUCGGUCUUCGGAAGAGAUGGGUUGGGAUUAUACACAGGCUGUUCAUAUGAUUCGCAAGGAGAAAGGCGGGCAGAUGGUACUGCGUGACGAGCUGCAGGCCCCGGCCGGAGUGUUUGCACCCGAUUAGGUGCCGGGUCAAGGCACCGAAUUCAGCAGGGCAGAAUCAUUCGUCAUGGAGUGCGAAGCGUUUGGGCCAGUUGGAAAGGCAACUGUAAUAGCCGUGAAGCAUGGAUAAGCAGCCUCUAAUGGUAAUGAAAAGGAGGGGGAAUAGUUCGUUGAGCACGAUAUAGGGCCCCUAGGUAGCUUGCCAGCACCCCGUACUUGAGGGCCUACUCCUCCCAAA